GCUCGCUGGUGAGGGCGGGAGGAGUGAGUCACUGAGCGUGUGUGAGGGAGGGAAGGAGCGAGCGAGCGAGCGAGCAACCCGCGCCAUUCGCCCGCCAGGCCCCGCCGCCGCCGUCUUUCCUCCGCUCCGCGCCCAGGCCGGGCCGAGCCGAGCUGGGUCGGGCCCGGGCCAUGCUGCUCACCGUGUACUGUGUGCGGAGGGACCUCUCCGAGGUGACCUUUUCCCUCCAGGUCGACGCCGACUUCGAGCUGCACAACUUCCGCGCGCUGUGUGAGCUCGAGUCCGGCAUCCCCGCAGCCGAGAGCCAGAUUGUCCAUGCUGAAAGACCUCUCACAGACAACCACAGGUCACUGGCUUCUUACGGCUUGAAAGAUGGGGAUGUUGUGAUUUUACGACAGAAGGAGAAUGCAGACCCUCGACCUUCAGUGCAGUUCCCAAAUUUACCCCGGAUAGACUUCAGUAGCAUAGCUGUGCCCGGCACAUCAAGUCCCCGGCAGCGCCAGCCACCAAGAGCACAGCAGCCCCACUCAUCUCCUGGAGAAAUGGCAUCAACUCCUCAGGGCUUGGACAACCCAGCCUUGCUCCGAGACAUGCUACUAGCCAACCCACAUGAGCUGUCCUUGCUGAAGGAGCGCAACCCACCCUUGGCUGAAGCUCUGCUCAGUGGAGAUCUUGAGAGGUUUUCCAGGGUCCUAGUGGAGCAGCAGCAGGACCGAGCCCGGAGAGAGCAAGAAAGGAUUCGUCUCUUUUCUGCUGAUCCCUUUGAUCUUGAAGCUCAGGCAAAGAUAGAAGAAGAUAUAAGGCAACAGAACAUUGAGGAAAACAUGACAAUAGCCAUGGAAGAGGCUCCAGAAAGCUUUGGCCAAGUUGUGAUGCUUUAUAUUAACUGCAAAGUGAAUGGACAUCCUGUGAAAGCCUUUGUUGACUCAGGUGCCCAGAUGACUAUUAUGAGCCAAGCUUGUGCAGAAAGGUGCAAUAUAAUGAGAUUAGUGGACCGUCGGUGGGCAGGGAUUGCCAAAGGAGUGGGCACUCAGAAGAUUAUUGGAAGAGUACAUCUAGCUCAGGUUCAGAUUGAAGGAGACUUCCUGGCAUGUUCCUUCUCUAUACUUGAGGAGCAGCCCAUGGACAUGCUUCUAGGACUGGACAUGCUUAAAAGGCAUCAGUGUUCUAUUGACCUCAAGAAAAAUGUCCUAGUGAUCGGCACCACAGGCUCCCAGACCACCUUCCUUCCUGAGGGAGAGCUACCGGAGUGUGCCCGGUUGGCUUAUGGGGCUGGGCGAGAGGACGUGCGGCCAGAGGAGAUUGCAGACCAAGAGUUAGCAGAAGCCAUUCAGAAGUCAGCAGAGGAUGCAGAGAAAAGCGGUAAAGAAUCUACCUCACUGGGAAUGUCAUCAUUACCAACUUUAGAUGGAUUUAACCAUCCAUCCCAUUCUUCAGGACAGAGUCCUGAGAUUGGUAGUCCUACAAGUCUUGCUCGCUCUGUCUCUGCUUCAGUCUGCCCUAUCAAGCCCAGUGACCCAGAUAGCAUUGAACCUACAGCUGUGAAGACUUUGAAGGCUUCAGCUGAAUUCCAGAUAAACUCUAAAAAGAAAGAACAUUUUCCUCUACAGGAUCAUUCUGAUCUCGCUUCCUCAGCAGACCAGAGUCUAGAUAUGCCUUUGCAUAAUUCCUCUGAAGAAGCAGUCAUAGCAGAUAAUCUGGAGAAAUCUACUGAAAGAAGUACCCAGGGCCUCAAGUUUUAUCUUCACACAAGACAGGAAGCUAGUUUAUCUGUCACAAGUACUAGGAUGCAUGAACCAUUGAUGCUUAUAGAUGAAAGGUGUCGGCAUCCAAAAAGUCAAAACCUGAGUCCAGUGAAUGGCCUUCAGCAGCACAUAGAACCAGGGAGUGAACAGCAUGAAGUGGUACAGAAGAAUACUCCAUGUGACAGAGAGCAUCUUUGUGACAUGGGGGACCUUGAACUUGAUGAAGAAAGACACCAGGACCAGCAAAAUAUUGUUGAUUUGGAAGCUACGAUGAAAGGGUAUGGACAAAAAAAUAUGGAUCUUACAAGUACAGAGAAAUGUUUUCUACCUUCAGGAUGCUGCUCAGACUCAGAAACACUUAUGGAAGUAGAUACGCUUGACCAGUCCCUAGUUGCUGUGCUUAACUCAGCAGGUAGUCUGAGUGCAAGUGUCAACAACACUGAUGCAUUGGAUCUCACUUCAGAUAAUCCUUCGAUGGAAGUAGAAACAUCAAAAUGUAACCCCUCAUCUGAAAAUUUGAGUAAUGCCAUCUCCACUCAGGAUUUACAGCCCCCAAGAAGUAAUAUUGAAAUGUGUGGAACAAAUAAAGAAUAUGGCUGUUCCUCCCCCUCUUUAAGUUUGUGUGGCUGUUGUCAGCCCUCUGUGGAGUCAGCAGAAGAACCUUGUUCAUCCUUAACAGCAGCUUUGAAAGAACUUCAUGAACUUUUGGUCAUUAGUAGUAAGCCAGCUUCAGAAAAUACACCUGAGGAAGUUACCUGUCAAUCGGAAAUUGUAGCUGACCACCAAACAGGUAUUAAGGACCUUUCAGAAAGGUGGACCCAAAGUGAGCAUCUGACCCUCGAUGACGAGUGUCCACAAGUCUCCUAUCACCAGACCAGAUUGGUAUCAGUAAAGACAGAAAACUUAGGCACCACACCUUGUACUGACAUAGAAGAUGUAAAAAAUACUAGUUCCGGGGGUUUAGGUGAUGAUCUAUCAGCUGACAAGGAAGGUGUCCCCAGAUCUAGGGAGUCAGUAAGCAAGAACAGUUCUGGCACUAUAACUUCAGCUAAAUCUAAUCAAUUACACUGCCCCUUAGGUGUAGAGAAUUCACCCAGACUUGUAGCAGGUGAGGAGGAUACACUCAGUCAGACUUCUGAGCAAACUAAGUCUUUGCCAUCCAGUUUCAUACUGGUUGAAGACUUGGGUCAGGGCAUACAUUACCCAGUAACAGACAGACCUGAAACCAGAGAAAAUGACUGUCCUGCAGCUGCAAGGCCGUUUCUUGAAUUGGAACCACUGACCAGCCAGCCAUCAUCAAUUCCCUCCAUUCUUCCACCAUUAGUUUUUCCUGCCACAGAUAUUGACCGGCUUGUCCGUGCUGGCUUCACUUUGCAGGAAGCUCUUGGGGCUCUGCGUCAAGUUGGCGGGAAUGCAGACCUUGCACUUCUUGUUCUGCUAGCAAAGAGCAUCGUUGUUCCUACGUAACUACGGGAAAGUGCACUAGGCCAUGAUUCAUUCCCUUAAAAAAAAAAAAAAAAAAAA